UUUCUUUAGUCAAUUUCUAAAAAUGGAAGAAGGUUGUUGUUUUUUAAUUGAAAAUAAGAAAAUACAUAGUAAAUUGUGGGUGCCUGUUUAAUUAAUGUAUUUUCAAAACUAAAUGUAACUAACUGCUGUGCAAGCGAUGCAUGAUAAUUAGGUUUUGUCUGUCGUGGAUGUAGUGUGUGUCGUAUUGUUUUGGUCGCAGUCUCGUAUAUUGAUUUGUAGUAAGCUACUGACCUAGCUUUGCGAGAGAAGAUUAAAGAUUUAAAUAAUAAUAAAUGAAUCUGCGCUUAAUGUAAAUUUAUACGGGUGUCGCGAUAUUAAUUAUUGUAGGUCGCAUUUAAUUAAUGUGUAAUUUAAACAAUUUUUCAAGAGUAAUAAACUAUUUAAAGUGAUUAUCGUAAUGGUGUUUAGUUCACAAUGAUGACGCCUAUAGAGGAGAAGAAAGAUGACAAGAUCCGCACAGGCAUGGUGCAGGUAUCGGACGGCAAGUCCCGUCCGAUGCCGGCGCGACUGGUGCUGACGAUGGAAGCGGUGACGGUGCAGCGUGAGAUCAUUGUUCCUCCGCAACCGCGCGACCCAAGAGUCCCACAUACUAGGGAGCGAAUGGUUCAAAUAACACGUCAGAAGGUUGGCGGUUUAGGACUUAGUAUAAAAGGCGGCGCCGAACACAAGCUGCCCAUCCUUAUUUCCAAGAUAUACAAGGAUCAGGCGGCGGACCAGACGGGACAACUCUUUGUCGGCGAUGCAGUCAUUAAAGUUAACGGUGAAUACAUAACGGCUUGUAACCAUGACGAUGCCGUUAAUAUUCUCCGUAACGCCGGGGAUAUUGUCGUUCUCACAGUCAAGCACUAUCGGGCUGCUACUCCCUUCUUACAGAAACAGGCGGAAACAGCAUCCGACACGGACAGCAGUACAGGAGAUGAUCACCCUUCACUCCAUGGAAAAGUUGACGAUAACUGUAACUCUGAGAAGACUGAAACUAAUGGGGGAUGGCAGAGUGCAUGGGGUGACUCUCAAGAUGCGCAAUCAAGGCCUUCCUCAGUUGCCUCCGAUCGUCUUCCAGAGGGAACUAAGGAGUGGGUUGAUGUUGUUUCAGUACCGCUAAUGAUGGGUUACGUGACCCGAUACGUUUUAGGAACAGAUAAGCUAAGACCCGGAGCUUUUGAAGUUAGAGGUGCGCGUACGCACGUUACGACAGGCGUCGUGCACGUAGAAGAGCCAGCCGCACUCUCACAUUGGCUUAAGAGCAUCUCUGACAAUAUUAUGGGACUCACCAAUUUGCAGAUGAAACUGUUUAACCGCCAUCUAGCGAGCGGCGAGCGUAUCGAAUACAUGGGAUGGGUUCAGGAAGGUGAAGUUUGUGGGGGACAACCUUGGCAGACUUAUCGGCCUAAGUUUCUUAUUCUUAAAGGGACGGAUGUUAUGCUCUUUGAUACUCCACCGACAAAUAUCACGGAACUAACCAAAUGUCCGGAGACGCUAAAGGUGUACCAGACAAUGUUUCGAACGGUCAAAGAGAGUGAGACAGUGGAUUGGAGGCAGCACUGCUUCUUGGUCCAGAGCUCUGCCCCGGGACCUGCCUCUGCUGGUCCGAGAUACUUUAGUACUGAGACAAGGCAGGAAUUGCUACGUGUCGAAGCUGCGUGGACCGCCAACAUCGUCAACUCGGUUAUACGACUUGGGAAAAAGACCUUCACUGUAGUGCAUAUGGGUCGCGCGGCUGGCCUUACCUUAGACUGGUCAAGUGGAUUCUCUUUAAGCGAAGGCACUCCUGGUGCACCACCUGUUUGGUCCUAUAGAUUUUCUCAACUAAGAGGCUCUAGUGAUGACGGAAAAUCUAAAUUAAAGUUACAUUUCCAAGACACCGAAACAAAAGUCAUUGAAACUAAGGAACUAGAAUGCCAGAUCCUUCAAAGUCUUCUCUUCUGUAUGCACGCGUUCUUAACGGCGAAGGUGGCUUCCGUGGACCCCGCCUUUCUCGCUUCCAUACAACACUCUAACUAAAAAACUUACACAAAUAAGCCUAGACAUAUAUCCUAAUAACAGGCAAAAAAAGUUAGUAAAAGUCCUGCCCUGUCACAGCGUCGCGUGUCUUACAUUAAACGUAAAAAUACGUGUUCGUUCGUACGCAGUACGUACGUAUUAGUGGGCAAUGCUUGGUGUUCCUCGAGCCCUAAAAACUGCGUAAAUAUAAAAAAAACUUGAAAUUGUAAACCUUCGAUUUUUUCGAAGGCACUUUAAACUUUUUUUCACUAUUCUAAAUCUCACUUUUUUCAUACAAAUUAACCGGUUUGACUGUUACAAUAUUACUUUCAUAACUGCAAUCGUAAAAUUGCUAGAAACAAUAAGAAUAAAUGAACAUUUUAUAUAGGAAAUAAUAUCGAUUCGGAAUAUUGACAUUUGACAAUAAUUUGAUAUCGAUUUGUCAUUUAAAUGUAAUAUCAUUCAUUAUUUGAAUUCGAAAUAAUAAUGACAUAGUAACAAUAACAAUGUUAUAAACAUAAAAACGGUAAUGGCUUGUGAAAAAUAUAAAAACGAAUCUCAAAUAGUGUAUGUUUUUAUAGUUCGAGUUUGAGUGUUCGAGACAGUGAAAUUAACCAAAAUCUUUACUCUUUCCCUUUGCAAAUAAGGCCAGAUACUUUCCAAUUGGCUAUGGAUACUCUACCAUGACUUUGACAGUGUAUCAGACGCCUGGUUGAAUUGCUUGAAAAAUGCGCAAAAAAUAAAAACAAAUCUAAUUUUAACAAUAUUUUUCAUAUUUAAAUGAUAAUUUUUGGUUAGACUGGUAAGUUAGGGGGCGUCAAUAAAUUACGUGAGGUGUUUAAGGGGGGGAGGGGGUCGAGU